ACGCAGCAGGCGGAGCAAUUUAAUUGCCCCGGCCAUGCUUUCCCAAAACAAGAAACCAGCUGCUCACACUACACAAUGUUCAGAAUCAGCCCGCGGCUAAUUCAUUCAUUCAUUCAGGAUCGAGUGUCUUGGUUCCAAGGAUGACACGCAAAGCCUUUAGCUGAACCUCCCGUCAGAGUCAGAGUCAGAGUCGACGGAUAUCCUGAGAGGCUCCUUUUGUAGGCUAUUCGAGCUCUGAAUUGGCCAAAGCUUGCGGGCAACGACAAGGAUCCACAUCUCCUUCCCUACCAGGGCUUGGUCGGAAAAGAAGCCAGUCCCCAAAUCCCAACUACAAAAAGAGCAGUUAAUCUCCUCUGGCUCUGGCUGCUACCGUAGAUCUAGCCCUCUUUUGUUGCACCGCUGGAUCCAAAUCCCCUUCCCUACCAGGGCUUGGCCGCAGGCUCCAUUUGGAUCUGACCGGGCGCAGGAAAGAAGUCAAGCAAGCCAGCCCUGAAAUCCUACCAUAUCCCAACCACCUCGCUGCCGCCGUUCUUCUGCCGGAGCCUACAAAAAGAGUGGUUGAUCUCCUCUGGCCGCUACCGUAGAUCUAGCCGGGGUAACAUCUCUUUUGUUGAUCUCAACUGCUGAGACGACUCUUAAGUCUUCUUGCAGUUUCUGUUGCAUUUUUCCUCAAGGCACUUCUUGUAUGUGCUGAUUUUGGUGGUCUCCUGUGACCCAGUGGGAGUCGAACUGCUUGACAGCAAGGAUGCCUGGUCUAGCUUUACCUAAUCACGAUGCAGCGAACAAUGGAUGUGGAUUCAGUUACACCAGGUCCACAGAACAGACGUGCGGUCAGAAGUCAAGAGCUCAGCUAUCUCCAGAUGAUGAACUUACCGCUAAGGAAAGUUUAGCAUUAUACUGCAAGCCAGUUGAGCUGUACAAUCUUAUUCGACAAAGAGCCAUUAAAAAGCCUCCAUCGCUUCAAAGAUGCCUUCGGUAUAAGAUAGAUGCAAAACGAAAAAAGAGGAUUCAGAUAUCAGUAUCAAUUUCUCGAAGCACACAUACUCAAUUGCCAGCACAUGGUAUCUUUCCUCUCCAUGUUCUGUUAGCUAGAUCUAGUAAGGAUGUUCCAGGUGAAGGGCAUUCUCCAAUGUAUCGGUUCAGCCGGGCUUUUGUCCUGACUUCCUUCCGUGAAUCUGGAGAUAGUGACCACACUGAAGCCACAUUCACCGUCCCCAAUAUGAAGAAUUUGUCGACCUCCCAAGGUUCCAGCGUCAACAUUAUCCUUGUUAGCUGUGGCCGAGGUGGACAGAAUCUUGGUGAAAACUGCUCAGAGAACCAUACGGAGUAUUCUUCUCCUCAAAAGCUUGGAGGCCAAUGUUUCUGGGGUAAAAUACCAAUUGAUUCACUUGGUUCAUCUCUGGAUUGUCUAACUUUAAGCUUGGGGCGUACUGUGGAAUUAACUUCAGAAAUAAGUAUGAGCCCAGGUUUCAUAGAGCCAUCACUUCUUGAGCAUGGCAGUUGCUUGACAUUUUGUUCUCUGAAGGCAGAUGCUACAGGUUCAUAUAAACUAAAAGCAAGCAUAGAUGUACAAGAGGCAGGUGCAAGAGACAUGCGUUUAUCUCCUUACAAUGCUUACUCAUAUGAUGAUGUCCCGCUUUCGUUAUUACCAAAAAUCUUAAGGUUAAGAACAGGCAAUGUUCUCUUUAAUUACAAGUACUACAAAAAUUUGCACAAAAGCGAAGUUACAGAAGGCUUUACUUGCCCUUUUUGCUUGGUACCGUGUGGAAGCUUCAAGGGUCUGGAAUGCCAUUUAACCUCGUCGCAUGACCUAUUCCACUUCGAGUUCUGGGUAUCUAAAGAGUACCAAGCUGUUAAUGUUAGUCUGAAGAGUGAUGCCAAGAGAGGAGAGCUUCUGACUAUCGCAGGAAAUGAUCCAGGCAAUAGAGUAUUUUUCUACCGAUCAUCAAGGUUUAAAAGGUAUAAAAUAUCAGAAACGCCAACUGAGAAGAUCAAGGAUGUACAUCCACAUAUCACGGUACCAGGAUCACCUGGAAUGACCAUGCCCGUGGACCAAGAUAUUGUGGAACUAAGAUCACCACGAAAUACGGUUCCUGCACCUACACAAAUGACUGAAUCAAGAUCGUCUGAAGAUGGCCAGAAAGGGUCUGAGGUGGAUUAUGUCCCAAAGGAAAAUGGAAUUAAUGUACCAGAAGCUUCAAUCGAUCCUCAUCGACUAUUGCCUGGUAGAAAUCAUUCAGAACCAACAGCUCUACAGUCUGAUAGGGCAAGGAAGCUCCCGGUUGAUCUAGAUGACCCUAGUCUUGUACUGCUGAAAAAACGCGAGUUCUUCCAUUCUCAGAAGGCACAGAGAAUGGAGAUGGACGUACUUUACUCAGAUCAUGACAGUGAAGACGAACUUGAUCAUGACAUCGCUGACUUCGAAGAUAGGACGCUGCUUAAUGGUUUUUCUGAUGUUGCAAAAGAGGAAAAGCGUAUCAUGCAUCUGUGGAAUUCGUUUAAGCGGAGACAGAGGAUAUUAGCCGAUGGCCAUAUACCUUGGGCGUGCGAGGCAUUCACCCAUCAGCAUGGACAGGAACUCGUGCAGAACCCAAGACUACGAUGGUGCUGGCGCGUACUGAUGAUCAAGCUCUGGAACCACGGCCUGCUAAAUGGCCGCACCAUGAAUAUCUGCAACAAACAUCUCGAGAGCUUGGCAAGCCAAAGCGCCGACCCCAAGUGGUCGUGACUCGGUAGGAAACAUUGGGCUAGCUGAGCAGGGCUGGUCCAGCCGGCAAUGCCCUUUUUUGGCAGUGCAGCAUGAUAACACUUUGAUUUCUGGCGUCCUCGUCGAGGCUGCAUCCGAGGACAAGACGGUCUCUUACAUUGGGGAUUAUUUUGGGUUGGGCCGAAUCGGCAAAUGUUGUUUUCUGUUUGGAUUAUUAUUUUCAUUUCUUAUUGGUUUGUUUCAUGCAUUGCUUGAAACACCUAUUAACAUUGGGACCCGGCCACGUGGAUUCGUGGGUGUAUGCAUGGAAACACAAACACAAAAGAUUGGGGAUAUCUGUUGUAGCUGGGAUGGGUGUACGGGGACACAAAAGGUUGGGGAUAUCUGUUGUACCUGGGGGUUCAAGCAAUAUAGAAAUGUUGUGCAUUUGUGACUGA